CUUACCCAAGUCCCAAACACUUGCCAACAUUUGUCAUCGCCGUAGAAAAGAAAGAAAAGAAAAAAAAAAUCUCUCUCUCUCUCUCCUCUUUCUUUCUCUCUCUAUAUUCCUGCGAGGUUCUUCUGCGUGCUCUGUUGUUAGAGUUUGGAGUUGCAUCGAAGUUUGUGAAUUCCUAACGUUUUUCUCUUCACUGUAAGUUUGUGAGGAUGUUGGAGAAGAUCAUGGAAGAUUUCAAUUGGGACAAAGUGAUGGAAGAAUUUGAAGCCUUAACGAAGAACGCUGAGAAUGUCCAGAAAGAGACUCUGAAGCAGAUUUUGGAUGAAAAUGGUUCGGCUGAGUACUUGAAGAACUCAGGCAUCAAUGGAAGAACUGACCCAGAGAGUUACAAAGCUUGUGUUCCUAUUGUCACUCACAAUGAUUUGGAGCCUUAUAUUCGGAGAAUUGUUGAUGGGGAUUCUUCUCCCAUUCUCACUGGAAAACCCAUCACCACAAUCUCACUGAGUUCUGGUACUACUCAGGGAAAGCCUAAGUUUGUACCUUUCAAUGAUGAAUUGAUGGAUUCUACUAUGCAGAUAUACAGGACUUCUUUUGCCUUUAGAAACAGAGAAUAUCCUAUCAAGAAUGGCAAGGCCUUGCAAUUCAUCUAUAGCAGCAAGCAAUUCAAAACAAAAGGGGGUCUAGCUGCAGGCACAGCCACCACAAAUGUCUUCCGCAACUCGCAAUACAAGAAAACAAUGAGGUCAAUGCAGUCUCCAUGCUGCAGCCCUGAUGAAGUGAUAUUUGGUCCUGAUUUCCACCAAUCACUCUACUGCCAUUUCCUAUGCGGCCUACUCUUCCGCGGAGAAAUUCAGUUGAUUUCCUCAACAUUUGCUCACAGCAUACUCCACGCAUUCCGGACCUUUGAGAAAGUCUGGGAGGAACUCUGUAUCGACAUUCGAAAUGGGGUCCUAAGCAGCCGUAUCACUGUCCCGAGCAUCAGAACCGCCAUGUCGAAAAUGCUCAGGCCGAACCCCGAAUUGGCUGACUUGAUUCAUAAGAAGUGUUCAGGGUUGAGUAACUGGUAUGGUCUAGUGCCAGAACUUUUCCCUAAUGUGAAGUACAUUUAUGGGAUCAUGACUGGUUCAAUGGAGCCAUACUUGAAAAAGCUGAGGCACUAUGCAGGGGAGGUUCCUCUUGUAAGUGCUGAUUAUGGGUCUUCUGAAGGAUGGAUUGGAGCUAAUGUGAACCCAAAAUUGCCUCCUGAGUUAGCCACUUAUGUUGUGCUUCCAAACAUUGGUUAUUUUGAGUUCACCCCUAUAAUGGAUAACAUUGGUCCAGAUACCGAGCCUUUGGGUCUCACUGAAGUUAAGAUUGGUGAAGAGUAUGAGAUCCUUGUCACCAAUUUUGCAGGUUUGUAUCGGUACAGACUAGGAGACGUAGUGAAGGUAGUCGGAUUCCACAAUGCGACUCCUGAGCUCAAAUUUGUGUGCAGGAGAAACCUUCUGCUUACUAUCAACAUCGACAAGAACACCGAGAAAGAUUUGCAGCUAGCCGUCGAAGAGGCAGCCAAGCUGCUAGCCGGGGAAAAGCUAGAUGUCGUUGAUUUCACAAGCUAUGUGGACUUGUCCACUGAGCCCGGCCACUAUGUCAUCUUUUGGGAGGUGAGUGGUGAGGCCAGUCAGGAAGUUCUAAGCGAAUGCAGCAACUGUUUGGACAAAGCCUUCAUCGACGCUGGGUAUGUCAGCUCCCGCAAGGUCAAUGCCAUAGGCCCGCUUGAACUCCGAGUUGUUCGGAGGGGAACCUUUCAGAAGAUCAUGGACCAUUACCUAGCUUUAGGAUCUGCUGUUAGCCAGUUUAAGACACCGCGCAAUGUGGGGCCAACCAACAGUGUGGUUUUGCAAAUCUUGUGCACCAACGUUGUUAACAGCUACUUUAGUACUGCUUUUAAAUGAAAGUUAUGUGGGGAUUGCCGUCUUUA